CUCCCCUCCCCAUCUCUCUCUCUCCAACAGGGCAAGCAAAAGCAGUCGAAGCGGACGACGACGUUCUUCCAGUUCUGUAACGCCGACAGCGGGAUCCUGCUGUGUACCGACGUGGCCGCCCGAGGGCUGGACAUCCCGGCCGUCGACUGGAUCGUCCAGUUCGACCCGCCUGAUGACCCCAAGGAGUACAUCCACCGUGUGGGUCGGACGGCGCGCGGGAUGGGCGGCCGGGGCCACGCUCUGCUCAUCCUGCGACCCGAGGAGCUCGGCUUCCUGCGCUUCCUCAAGCACGCCAAGGUGCCGCUGAACGAGUUCGAGUUCUCCUGGGCCAAGAUCGCCGACAUCCAAAACCAGCUGGAGCGUCUCAUCACCAAUAACUACUUCCUCAACCAGUCGGCCAAGGAGGCGUUCCGCGCCUACGUCCACGCCUACAACUCGCACAGCCUCAAGUCCAUCUUCGACAUCGAGCAGCUGGACCUGAAGAGCGUCGGCAGGUCGUUCGGCUUCACCGUGCCGCCGGCGGUGGAGCUGAAGGCGCACGCGUCCAAGGAGGGACGCGCCAGGAAGCGGGGCGGCGGCGGAGGCGCGGCAUUCGUUCAUGACGAGCAGCAGAAGGCCAAGAAGGCCAAGAUCUACUCGCGGCCUAAGCCGGGGAAGGGGUUCGUGCGGUGAGACACUGCGGGGCGGGAGGGCGAGUCGGGUACUGGGAGCGGAGCUGGGAGGAGCGGGAGGCCGCCGAGGUGGCCGGUCAGCGGACGGAGGGCCUCCAUGCUGGCGUCGGGGCAGCCGUGUGCCGAAUAAGGCGGCACGGGGGCGGCGCCGGCGCCUGGCCGGCCUCAUAAGGCGGCAGACCGGCUGGUGUUCGGGUGGAGCCGCCGCCCUGCGCCGCCCGCCGUCAGCGCGCCGCGGGGCCGCCACCCGCCUCACCUGGGCGGCCGGCGGGGCGGGGGCGGCGGGCGCCCUGUGACCUGACCGGGCGAUCCGUCUGUGUUGUGUGACAGUCGGAGGUGUUGAAUGGGAGCAAUACACGUCUCACAGAGCA